AGGAAGUAGAGACGGAGACACGCCCACAGCCAGUCAGUCGGAGUUGUUAUUCUUCAGCAGGACUGUCUGGUUCGCAGGUUUUCUGUAAAAAUGUUGAAGGCUGUUAUUCUGAUCGGCGGCCCUCAGAAAGGUGAGAAACAAGUUCUUCAUAUGUGUCGUUUUCAGUAUCAGCUGUGUCUUUGUUAACCCGGAUCGGGAUCAUGUAAACCGGUUUAGCUGAGAGUAAAGUUGACGUGGCAUAAAAGAAAAGAAGCAGAGAGUCCAGCACAGCAAGAGAAGAGAGAAAAACACUUUUAUUAACCAACAAACACAGACCGGUGUGUGAAAACUGAGAGUGUAGAGGUGUAGAUGGACCCUGUAGACUCUCUGCGGUCCUUCAGUCUCCUCAUGUUCAUGUAACCUGCUCACUUUUUAACUCCGUCUUUCUACAGACUCGAAAUAAACUCAUUUGGGUCAUUCAGCAAUCAUUCAUUUAAUUAUGAUAACAACAAAUUAAAUCAUUUAAAAAUAUAACAUGACCAUGUCUUCUCCCUUAAUAUAACAUCAAAUUAAAGUCAAUUAAAUAUCAUUUUCUAUAAUAUAAAUGACUGAUGAUAUUUAUUUACUUCACAGGCACAAGGUUCAGACCGCUGUCAUUUGAAGUCCCCAAACCCUUGUUUCCAGUGGCUGGUGUUCCCAUGCUGCAGCAUCAUAUUGAGGCGUGUGCUAAGGUGGGAUUUUGAGCCAUCACAGCAAAGUUACACAGAAAACGACAGAAAAGGCUUAUUUCAGCAGAUGGUUAAGUCGUGUAAAGCCUACUUAGUCAAGUCCAGUAGAAAAGAGCUUUUUGUCUCUGUUGCUGAUUUUAGGGGAUUUUGAUUCUCUGCUUGUUCUGUGUGAUUCAGAAAAUACAACAAACAGUAAAAUAAAAACUGUUUUUAUGUUUAUCCAGGUACCAAAUAUGAAAGAGAUUUUGCUCAUCGGCUUUUAUCAGCCGAAUGAAGAGCUGACAAGAUUCCUGUUGAACGCCCAGCAGGAGUUCAAAAUUUCCAUCAGGUAAAAACUGGACGAGCGUCACCCACCUGCUAACAAACCAGCGGAGACACUUCCAAUCACUAAAAUCAAACUUUAAAGCAACAAUGUGCAGUUUUAUAAGAAUUAAAAAGUGAUGGGACCGCGGUGUUAGAGUGUACUGCUUUAGUGUCAAAGAACACCUCACAUGUGUACAUAAUAUACAUGUAUAUUUACACUUGUAUAUGUUCAAUGACUGCUGGUACUCUGAGCUUUUUCCUUUUCAUCACAGGUACUUGCAGGAGUACGCAGCCCUGGGUACUGGAGGGGGCAUCUAUCACUUCAGAGAUCAGAUUGUUUCCGGCAGUCCAGAAGCUUUCUUCGUUCUGAACGCUGAUGUUUGCUCAGCGUUUCCUCUCACAGAGAUGCUCAGCUUCCAGAAGGAACAUGGAGAACCGAACAGUUUCGUCAUUCUUGGGACCACUGUGAGAUUUCAUCACUGAUGUUUGACAUGUUUUUUUUUAGACGUUGUGAACUCUAUCUUUACUCUUCUUCUCUUUCCAGUCAAACAGAAAGCAGUCCAUGAAUUACGGCUGUAUAGUUGAAAAUGAAGAAACAAACGAGGUAUCGAACUCUUCCUGUUUUACAUCCCUGAUUCCAUCUUUUCACUCUUGUAUUUUAACAUUUCUGACUCUCACGGAUCUUCUCCUCUCUUUUCUGAUCCAGGUCUUACAUUAUGUUGAAAAGCCGAGCACAUUCGUGAGCGACAUCAUCAACUGUGGUAUCUACCUCUUUAACCCCGACAUCUUCCAGCACAUCGGCGCCAUCUUUCAAAAGAACCAGCAGGACAUGUUAUUGUGAGUUGAAACCGUCCCACCCAGAGGAUCUGUUUGUGACUGCAUGUGACGACCAUCUUUUCAUUUGUUCGGCUCUCUUCAUUUGUCUCUUUUCCCUUCCCUGAUCCUUUCUUCCAUGAUUUCUUUUUCCUUCACACAAACAUCAGAUAUCCAUAUGAUGGGUAAGUGGGUAGGCUGCAUGGUGUAGUUUUAGCUCACAUAGUCAGUGCUGUGAGCUGUAUCCACCUUAUUCCUGAGGGCGCUCCUGUAUUUAUGAUUAUGGGUGAAACGUCGGUGGUAUAACGGAAAUAUAAUGACGUUUGUUUCUCACAGAGACUUUUCUCAGUGACUGAACAUCGCUAGUGGUUUGUUUCGAAUCAAAAAUCCCUCACACUGCUAUGUUUUCUUAGAGUAUCCUGGAUUUUUAUUGAUCAUUACAUAUUUGGAAACGUCUUUCUGUGGUUCUGGUACAUGUUACUCAGUCCACAGUUGUACAAACAACAAGACAAAGUUAGAUUUAUAGUCUGAGGAGCAGUGCAGUGCUACCAUGAUGCCAACUGACGUCGAAACCAAAAGAUUGUGGCUGAAAAACCUAAAGAGUUCACCAAAGACUGUGUAUGUCUGUUCAUUUAAUUUUGAUCAGAAAGUUGUCUGUUAUAAAUAAACAGUCACAGUGAUUACAGUUUUGUUAAGUAAAAAGCAGGAAAAUCCACCUAGAUACUAAAACACCUCCCUCAGUAUUUCAGCUGCAUGACUGCAGGAUCACCCUGGAGCUGAUGCAGUACAUGCACAGCUGUGUGUGUUUCACCUGGAGCUGAAACUCAAACCCUGGUCUGGUGAUGUGGGACACUGAGGCUCUGACUCGGCUCUACAUCUGCUUUUCAGUUUAUAAGAUCAUGUCCAACCUUUAAAAACAAAAUUCAACGCUAUUUAGGAACUGAUAAACCUCGGCCUCCCUGUCUGCAGCAACAGAGCCGACAAAGUAGGCUAAUAUGCUAAAAUAUGUUAUUUGAGGCCAUUUCUUUAUAUGGUCCUCCAACCCCUCGAUAACAUUGUCCCUUUCGAGGCGUGACAGAUGACGUUCCAACAUUUUUUUAUCCUCAAUCACUCUAAAAACCACAAUUAGCGAACAGUUACUAUGAAUAAAUACAGGCUUCGCGUCCAGUAAUAGAGGCACCAGAAAAUGUAGUUCAUUCAGGCAUCACUGGGGCUGGGAUUAAGGUGGAUAGAGAUCAUCUACUGUAUGUCAAGUUUGAGUUUGCAUAGGUUGUUUUGUAACUGUUGCUUGCACCCUCUCUCCCUAAAGUUAUACUCUGCCCAUUCUGGAAAUGGUUUUAAUUACAGAUUAAUUGGCACAGUCGGGUUACAUUCAGACAAUGUCUUUUGCUCUAUCAGAGAAGUUUACAUGAGUAAUUACAAUUACAAUAAUAAUCCAUCAUGUGUGAAGAUAAAUGUUAGUAUCUGACCUGUUUCUGUCUAAAGGUAACAGAGAUAAAUCGAACAGAAAUGAGUCAAAUCUCUUUUUUCAGGACCAAGAGUAAAAUUUAUAAAAUCAGAUAUGUUUUAAAAAAAGAAAAUAUUUUGUAUAAUAGAGAGAUUUGAAGGCGGAGUUUUAAUUUCACUUCAUAAACAGGUAUUUCCAAACAUGUUGAACUGCUCAGGUUUCUGAAGUUUAAAGUUAAAUUAUUCUGUUUGUAGUUCAGAUUAUCGUUUAUCUAAAGGGCUAAAAAAUCCCACAUCAUGUCUGAGUGCAGAGACGUCCACCCAUUUCAAGAGUGUCCUGCAUGCUGCCUUUUGCAAGAUCUCUUUAUCUUCUCAGUGCAAGAACUUCACCAACGUCAUUGUGUCCACCUGUCCUUUCCUUCCUGUCGUCUUCGUUGUUUCUUUAGACUUUUUUUGAGACGACUUCAUUUUAAUUUUUGGCCAUUUCAGCGAAGUCUGAGGCUGAUUUUCUGUCCUUAUACUGCUGACUUGUUGUGAAUCGAAUGAAUACUGUGUCCACAAAAGUUUAACGUUCAUGCCCCUAGUUUGCAUAUACAGCCCUUUACUGUGGACAUGUACAUAGAUGUUAAAUUUUGUUAUGAACUUUGUUGUGAUUUUUAAACUCAGUUUGGUUUAUUCUGAACUUUCUGUUGUGUUCAUAAUCUCUUCAUCCAAUAACUGAAGACUCGUCCAGAGUGGAUUGUGUGUGUGUGUGUGAACUUAUGUGCUUAUCUUUGUGUUUGUGUUGCUGCCAAACCUCGUCUCUCGGGGAUGAAUGACAGAUUAUUUUAUCUAAACUCUUACCUCACCAUGUUCUAUGUUUUUUUUAAUCUAACCCUAAUCUCAUUUUAAUUCAGUCCUCAGUGACAUAAACUGACGAGCUGUUUCUUGCAGAGAGGAGCCGACCAAUGGAUGGCACAGAGCAGAGGCCAUCAGGCUGGAGCAGGACAUUUUCACCGCCCUCGCAGGACAGGGCAAACUCUUCGUGUAUAAGACCCUCGGCUUCUGGAGCCAGAUUAAAUCUGCAGGGUGAGUGUCAGAAACGCCGUCAGCGGAGGACGAAUCGAGCUUUUCAGCACCGACAAACCCAGAAACUGUAAAUGUGAAGACUGAGAAGAAACGUGGACUUCUUACUUCAUCUGUGAACUGUUUUACAAACCAUGUUUUUAUUCAGAUGGUCCAAACUUUGAUUUAUACUCAGGAAAUCUUCAGUGACUCUUUAAUGUUUAUGUUGUGAUCUGAACCUUAAAUAUGAGUUCCUUUCAGUGAUGAAACUCUCAGCCUGUGUCAUAAUGUUCAGUGGAUGUUAGUACAUGUCUGUAAACCAGGAGUGUAAAUCACAGCUGUGCUUUAAUCCCCAUUUUGUUCCUUUUUUCCUCAGUUCUGCCAUCUAUGCCAGUCGAUUGUACCUCAACCAGUACCACAUAUCUCACCCUGAGAGACUGGCCUCAAAUGAGGAGGGAGGGCCGAAAAUAAGUGGUGAAACGGAUUUAUUAAUCUGCUUCAUGAUUGUUCAUGUAUUCUGUAUCUUGUACUGGAGACACACUAACACUUUCUUCCUCUCUAGGAAAUGUUUAUGUCCAUCCUACAGCCCAAAUCGACCCCACCGCCACGGUAGGAACUUGAACUCCCACAGAGCUGUGUGUUAUUUAUCUGAGAGACGAGAACAACUCAUGUGUGUUUUUUUUAAAUCUUCUGACACCAGCUGGGUCCCAAUGUCUCCAUCGGCACUGGAGUAACUAUCGGUGCAGGAGUCAGAGUCCGAGAGUCCAUCAUACUUCACGGUGCGACUCUACAGGUGAGCUCUUAUUGAUCAGCUUCUACCACAAAAACAGGGAAACUCUGACGCCUUAGUUCACGGUGGAGAAGACGAGCUUUCACUGCUUCAAAACGGGUUCAAAGACAGUUUUUCCUCCUGCCUGGUUCACUGCUUUGACAUGUUACCAUGUAAAAAUCACAUCAUUUUAAAUGGGAAAUGUUUUUGUUGUUGUUUUCAGUUCUUUAUAACCCCUCCAAGUACUUUUACCUCAAAUAAAUCUGUACUGAUUCAGAGCAGGGGAUGCCAUCGUAGGUUACCAUCAGUACCAAUCCCAUUCAUUUGCAUUCACACACUUGUGAAAGGCUCCGCCUCAGCAGUUUCCAGUUCAGCAUUUUACCCAAGGACACUUGGCCUUGUUGAUCAUGGGAGCUGGGAUUAAACUGCCAACAUUCAGCCUGAGAGAGACGACCAACUCCAGCACAAAACCUCCGCUGCAUUCAGAAUCAAACUCUGAACUCUCUUUAUCUUUGGCUGAGUUUGAGCAGGUUCGGCUGACUGACUCACACUGAAUAUAAACACCGUCUCGUCACGCCAAGAGAGACUGUUUAGGAACGGAUGCCAAUUUAUUUAGACUCUUGAUUAAAAAACACUAAAAAUCACUUUAUAUUUUUACUGAGUCCUAAACUGUGGUGUUAUGAGUGACCGACCUGCAUGUUCUUGCUCAGUGUCAACAUAACAAACUCCUUUUUAUGGUACAUGAGCCUGUACAGUCGAUAAUCUUCUUGAAGUGACGUCCACUGAGACAUGAAGUUAUCGGACAAACUUUGUCUCUGAAGACGCUCUCUGUGUUCCUGUUUCUCCUGCAGGAUCACUGCUGUGUUUUGAACAGCAUUGUUGGAUGGGACAGCACCAUUGGUAAGUGGGCGAGAGUCGAGGGAACCCCGAGUGACCCAAACCCCAAUGACCCCUACGCCAAGAUCGACAGUGAGACCCUCUUCAGGGAGGGAAAACUCACACCCUCCAUUACCAUCCUGGGUAAGCACGACUCCGGAUCCUCCUCUGAUGAAUUUAAAGACACUUAAUCUGGGCAAUAACAAAAUCUGAACAGUUUUGUUCCCCAAAACAAAAAUUAUUCAGACUUUAGCUGUUUAGAAAAGUGAUUUGAUAUCUAAGUUUUCUAUUAAAUAUGUGCAGCAGGAGACAAUAGUGAAGGACGUGUGAAUAACUGUGUUAAAUAUUGUUUUUGUUUUUGACAGAGAUCAUCUGUCUGAACAUUUCAACAGGCUCUUUCUUAUAUUGUUGUUAAUUUUCCAGUUUGUUCAUUAACUUUAUUACAAAAAAAGUGGAACUACUAGGGAUGCAACGGUACAUGUUACUCACAGUACGCUCAGUUUUUGGACCACAGUUUUGGGUCAGUUUCAGGAAAGAGCGAAGUGUUUCGUUUUCAUGUUGUUUGACCGUCCUGUGUUCAGGAAACGUUAUAUUAAGAUGCGUAUGUUGGAGAUGUUUGCUCAUGUUGCUCCUGUUUCCUUUUUAAGUAAGUCACACGUAUCAAGCAUCGUUUGCAGACAGUAAAAUUUCUGUCAACAGUUUUCACUCCCUCGUCUUUAUAUUUAACGGUGACACUGAAGUUAACCCACAGCGGAGAUUUGAAGGAGGCCGGUGCUUCUUAAAAAAAUUGUCUCUCAACUCCUCCACCUCCACCAAAAUAAGCAACGAUUUCAAUGUAUUUCAAGUGGGUAAGGCUGGGUUAAUAGGAGCAUGUUUCAAGUCUCCUCUGGGUUUAGGAGCAGAACUCGCCCAAAACAACGACUGCAGUUUUGGAAGAAGCCAAAAAUAAAUGCAACUUACAAAUAUCUUCAAGUGACUUUUCAAAAUGAGAAUAGAAUAGAAUAGAAUAGAAUAGAAUAGAAUAGAAUAUUCCUUUAUUGAUAUAAAGGAAGUAGCAAACAUGAUGUUUAUGGCUGCACUGAGAGCAGCUGAUUGCUGAUUGGAGGCACAGAUGUGAUUGGAGAGGGCUUCACACCUGCCUGGACAGACACACAAACACACUGAUGGAUGUCUGUUAAAGCAUCCGUUCAAAACCAAAAACCCGUGGUCCAUUAGGGUGUACUGUCCCAUGCAGAGCGGACCGAACGGUUCAGUUUUUCUCCACGUACCAUUGCAUCCCUAGUUAAAUAAAGACAUCAGAUACUGCACACCGAGAGCGAGUUACAAAUGAAGUAUUUCGUGUUCUGUCCUCUGUACCUGAAUAUUCUGCACAGACUGAAUACGGCGUGUUUUUUUUCCUCCCAGGCUGUAACGUGACCAUCCCUUCUGAAGUGAUCAUACUCAACUCAAUUGUCCUCCCACACAAAGACCUCAACCGCAGCUUCAAGAACCAAAUCAUCCUGUAGUUAACCACCCUCAGCCUAAUUGGUCACCAACGAAGGAUUAAUACGAACAUUACCUCUGAGUAAGUGUGUGUAAGACGACGGAUGACUGACUUUUAUCUGGGAGUCUUUUGUGCAUCACUUGGUGCAUAAUGAGGGGACUGUUCGCACAUUUACAGGCUGCUGCUACGUGAGAACAACAAACUUUUAAUUCUGCUCUGCCCAUGUGUGAAGAAUUUGCUAAGACAUCAUUAUCGUCCUUUUUUCAAUGUGAAAUGAUGGAAAUAAAAAGAUCAAACAUUUUGUAGAACAAGCUCCACUUUCAAAGAGCAUCUUUGAAAAACUAGGAGAACUAUAGAAUUUAAUUAUUAGAGAUUAAAAGAUGGUGAAUGACGGUUGAUUUUCAGAGGUAAUAUCACAGUAAAAUAACGAUCGUAACAGAGGGCAUUGAGACUCAACAGGUGCAGAAGCAGGUAGUCGUGGUAGUUUGAUCUAUGCAGAGCACCAGAAUAUUAACAUGAACUCUUUUAACCCUUUGUUGGUCAGUGAGUUCAGUACAGCAGAUAUUCACCAACAACAUCAGACCCUCUGUGAUAAGAUCGAGUGGUGGAAAUGAUCUGACCUGACCGUACAGUUUUCUCAUGUGUUUUUAAAAGGAGACUUGAACGUGUUUCAGUCGUCAGAAUUCUGGAGUGAGUUUAUCAGAAAUGAAAGAUUUUGGUUUCUAACUUCUUUGUUAUAGUUUAGACAAAAUUCAGUAUCUGAAACAUCGGCUCUCCUGCGCUGACUCUCUCUGUCUCUGAUGUGUGUUGUUUUCUGCCUGAGUAUUUUGGAACUAUGGAGGAAGAACCUGCCGUGGUCCUUCAUAUAAAACAGUGACCCACGAAGCAUUAGUUACUGAAGUUUGACUGUGAAUCUGCACUGAUGACUGUGUGAAAUAAAACAGAUCUGACAGAGUAAUGGCCUCAUACAUACUGUGAACUGCUGCUUUAUAAAUAAAGAUUGAUUGGUAUCAUAUUUUAAACUUGACUUAUAAACAAGUUUACUGUAAGAAUGAAAAACUACGUGCUCGCUGCAGGGCGGAGGAAGAGCCGUUUUUAUUGAGAUUAUCCAGCACUCACAUGUUUCUGCUUAAGUCCGGGUGAUAUUGUGGUUCUUGAAAAAAACUUUCAUAAAAGUCUUUAUUGUGUCGGAGUGAUUACACUUGAUGCUCUAACAGUUCUUCUUUUUAAUGUGGCAUUAGUUCUGGCUAUUGAAACAAAAAGCUUUAAAGCUCAAUGAUGUUUCAUUAAACCCCAAUUUUGAAGUUU